GAUGCGGCCCUUCCCGGGGAGGGACGGCGGAGCACAGCCACGCCGUGGCUCUUCCCGGCAGUGACCAGGGGAGUUGCGGGGGCGGGGGGAGAGUCUGCGCGUCCCGCUGAUCGCCCGGCGGGGGCCUGUCUCUCCCCCGGUUCCCGAGGGAGCUGCUCGGCGGCUGCAGCAUUGGCCUGGACAGGACCUCGGGGAUCAGCUAAGCCAGCCUUUUGCUCUGAAGGAGAAAUUUAUUUAGACUAUUUGCAAACUAGCUUCUGAAGGAGAUUCAUCUCUUCCCACGUUUUGGGCUCUCGGUAGAAAGAAGACUGACAGAGUGGACUGAGUCCAGCAGAGAGACACCAGGAGGAGCUGGAGCACACAUAGGAGUCACUGAAGGAGCUGAGUUUGAUCAGCCUUAAGAGAAACAGGAGUUUGCAGGUGACUCAUGUCUUAUGAGAUCAGACAUACGAUCCGUCCCUGAGGACUGGGCUGUGCCAAUCAAACAGAGUUUCAUCCUGUCACAAUUCUUGUGCAGGAAAAGGCAGAUGAAUGAUGAAUCACUUCAUGGUUCUGGCAGUACUGCUUGCCUUGAGGACUUGCUACACUACGUACUUAGAGCAAGAAUCCAUUGUGUUUCCAGUAACAUACCUUAACAUUUCCAAGGAUUUGGCCCUUCAGCAGCUCCUGGUGGAAUGGGAUGUUGGCAAGUCAGCCCAUGAUGCUGAGCUGGCAAUGUCUUUUGAAAUACAAGUCCAUCGAACAGAUGAAAAUACUACUGUAUGGACAGAGUUCCAUAACGUCACACUUGAUAGAUCAGGAAAGUCUCUUCAUUGGAUAUGGGAUUCAGAUUUACCUUUGGAGUGUAUGUCACACUCGGUGAGAAUCAGGAGCAAAGCAGAAGCAUCAAAAAUGUGGAGUCAGUGGAGUCUGUGGGAGACUGUCCUGGGCCUGGACACUUCAAAUAACAGUGGACCACAAAUCUUUCCAGAUGAAAAAAUUGUAGAGGAAGGCUCUGACAUCACUCUUUGUUGCAUUGGAAGGAAAGGUCAAAUCAUUAAGGAUUUCAUUCUAGCCACAGAUGUUCAUGUUUUGAGUCACACAAGCAGUCAAGGUCAAGUCAGACUUCUCACUGUGAAAAAUGUGGCACAUCAUGUGCCUCACAUCAGUCUGUGCUGUCAGGAGUCUUCCAAUGGAGACCAAUACUGUGAUUCUGCAGUAUUUUUUGUGGGUAAGCCGCCUGAUACACCUAAUGAUUUUUCCUGCCAAACUCAAGACAUGAAAAUAGUAACAUGUACUUGGAGCCAAGGAAGAGACACCUAUCUUUAUGGACGUUAUUCAUCGAAAUACACCGUGUUUGAAGAGUUUUCCCAAAAACCGGUUCUGUGCACAGUAAAUUGUUCUAAGCGGUGCUCGUGUUCUUGGAAUAUAGGCCAGCAGAGGAUCUGUAAUAUCACAUUGACUGUGGAAAACCCACUGGGAAAGAAAACUGCCACGGAUGUUUUUGAUGUAACUCACAGAAUUUAUCCUGCUGCACCUUUACAGCUGUGGGAAGAAUGCACAGGUACAGAAAUCACAUUAUAUUUGCAACAUCGAAACAAAGGAAUUGAACUCUUUUGUCAGACUGAAUUGCUCCAACCCGAUGGGAAAGUAGAACUGCAUAAUGCGAGUUCAGACUUGCGUGUCUGUAACACCAUCACCUUGGGUGGACUGCAGCCAUACACUGAAUACACAACUAGAGUACGCUGUGGGGCAGCUAAGCAUUUCUGGAGGUGGAGUGAAUGGAGCGAAGCCCGAACCAUCAGAACAAAUGAAACAACUCCAUCAGGGAAACUGGACAUCUGGAGAGAAAUUACACCAGUGCUGGGGGGGCGGAAUGUGACCUUGUUCUGGAAGCAAGGAACAAGUUUUCGAGCGAAUGGAAGAAGUAUUUCAUAUGAAGUAACCUGGGAAAAAGUAGAAGAUGGCUCUAAGCCUGAAAAAAUCUCUUUUUCAUCAGUCUACAAUAGCACAAGGAUUUUCAUUGAUAACCAUUCCUACAGAAUCAGUAUCAUGGCAAAGAACAAUAUUAAUUAUUCACUUCCUUCAGUAUUGAUCAUCCCUAGAGCUACAGGCACCGAAGAGGUUAAAGAAGAACAGGUUAAUGGGACAGAUGAUGGCAUUUUUAUUUCCUGGGAGCCCAGACAUACAUAUGACAGUUACAUUAUCGAUUGGUGUAACUUUCCAAUGUUGCAGCCUUGUGAUUUGCAGUGGAAGAGAUUUGAUCCCAACACUUCCAGUGCUCUGAUCAACUCAGCUGCUUUUGUUCCGGGGGUGAGAUACAACUUCCACAUCUAUGGAUCUGUUGCUAAUAGUGCCUCCUUACUGGAGAAGAAGACUGGUUAUCUCAGGGAGCUACCUCCUCUGCCUGACCCUACUGUGGAAAAAGUUGAACUGUCUUUCAAUGCAGUAACACUAUCUUGGGAUUCUUACUGCAUAAAUGAGUCACAGUCUGGUUUUGUAAGAGGAUAUCAUGUUUAUGUGUCACCUAUACAAGAGGACUGCAAUUUGCAAGGAUCCAAAAAACAUGUUCUUCCAGAUAAUUCAGUGCUAUGUAAAUACACGAUUGAAAACCCAGAAGAAAAGAGAUACACUGUGAAACACCUAUUGUCAAACACAAAAUACAAACUUGCGGUUAAAGCAUAUUCAGGUGGAGGAGAGACUCCCAUUGUUAACUUUAUAUACAUAGAUACACCGUUUAACUCAAACACGCUGUACCUUCUAGUCCUGCUAGUGAUAGUUCCAUCACUAGCAGCAGCUAUAUGCUGUUGGAAGAUGAAUUGGCUGAAGGAGUGGUGCUGUCCUGUAAUACCUAGUCCUAAUAAGAGCAAAGUGCUGUCAUUCAAAGAGUUUAAGAUCGGUUCUGAGAAAGUAUUGACAACAACUGACUGCAUUCCUGACAUGCUAGCAGUGGACAAAGCAGAAGCCCAGAAUUUACAUCCAUGGAGCCAGUUGUCUUCAAGGCCAACAGAAGAUAAGAUCGAUGGUCACAAUUCUUCCUGGAUUUACCCUAAUGAAAAUGAAGAGAGACACUUGACACCUAGACCUACACCUCAGAUGCAUACUUGGUUUGAAAAUUUUGCUUAUUCUUCUCACCUUGCAGCUGAAGCUGAUCCCUAUCAAAUACCAGAGACACUAGAAGCAACCAAGCCAGAACUGACAGCAGUGCUGUACCAGCCACACUACUACUUUGAUAUUUAUGAUGAAGAUGCUGCCUCAACACCCAGAGAAGCAGCUGGCAGAAAGACCAGCCUGAGAUAUAUUUCACAAACAGAUGUACGCUGCCUAGGGAGAAGGCUUUGAUGUACCCUCCUCCAUUGAAUCCAUGUUUGGUUACACAAUAUAAAUAGGAAUGUCUAAAACCAGAACAACUUAGCCUUUUGAUGAAGGCUUUCACAAGCCCAACUGUCCUUCUUCUGUUAACAUUGCAAAGCUCUUGCUUCAGGACUGGUUCAAAAAUACUGACUUGUGCACAGGAAUGACACGUGCUAUGGUUUCAUCACAAGUUAUGGGCAUUAUGUAAGAUUUACAGGCUGUUCUGUGGUCUAUAUGUAGAAGGUUUGGUCACAGCAGUCUCAUAGCCUGAUGCAAAGAACUACUCUACUUUGCAGAGAUUCAAACUUUAUUCAGAAAGUAGAGGAGCAAGUUAAACAAGCAAGUUUAACUUAGGUAGGUGGUUGUGCUCAAGGAGCAUGUUUCACUUGCAGUAUUCUGUGUGCACUUUCUCUCUGUCCUGGCCACCCCAGCCAGCCUGUAUUGCACAGCCGCACACGGAGCAUCACCCAGCUUCCGAGUCUGCCUCAGCCCAGUAACAUCAGGGACGCGGGUUCUUUUUUCUGUCUCUCUAACCACGUAAGGAGCCAACAUGGAAGGGGUGCUUGCGUUCACAUCUCAAAGAUUGGAAGGAACUGUGACUUCUCUAGGAGUGCUACCCUGUGCACAAAAAUGCUAUGAGCUUCCUGCUUUUACUUCACUUGUCUUCUAACUAUACUUGGUGGGCGAAAGAGCACAGAAAACAGAUUUUUAUAGCACAGGCCCCUGUUACUGAGCUGCUGCUCCCAUUUCUGGUAUCUGGGGCUCCUCCCACUUCUGCUUUCUCUGGAAGAAUGACCCUUCAAAAUCAUAAACAAAAUCCUCCUAACUAAACAAAGAAAUGUGGGGAGUUAAGUGGAAAGGAACUGUGUUUCCAGCAGCUGUUACCAUGGCACCAUCUUUCCACUUGCGCCAGCAAACUUGAAUUCUGUUGGCAUUAACCCCUGCGCUUACAUAGCCAGCCCCAAACCCCCAGGUAGUCAGGUGUAUGGGUGCGAGUCCCAUUUCUGAGGAACAUCCUAUUCAGGUUGCACAGCAGCUAGAUCUUACAACACUUUUGCACAUAUUUAAAAAAAAGUAAACAUUUUUAUUGUAAUGCUCAGAAUCCCAGUAGGCAGCAAUGAAUUUUGAUUUUAAGAAAUUGCACGUCUGUAAUGAUGUAGAAUAUUUGGCAUUGUAUAUGAAAGCCUCAUCAGAUUGCACUGAGGAGGUUAAAAGGAACCCUUUGGUUUUGCCUAAUUAUGCUGCUGUCUGGAAUCUUUCACAAAUUAAAGAAUUCUACUUGAGACACAGAAUAAGCAAUUCUCAAAAGGGAAAAAUGAAGUUUUUAGCUGCAGCUAAAUUUGGUAGAAUGCAGUUACUUGGCUUUCUUAUUGUGGUGGGUUGACCCUGGCUGGGGGCCAGGUGCCCACCAGAGCCGCUCUCUCACUCCCCUCAUUCACCAAACAGGGGAGAAAAGGCAUAACGAAAUGCUUGCAGGUCGAGAUAAGGACAGGGAGAGAUCACUCACUAAUUAUCGUCACGAGCAAAACAGACCCAACUUAGAGAGGGAAUUCAUCUGAUUUAUUGCUAGACAAAACGGAGUAGAGGAAUGAGAAAAUAAAAUCAACUCUUAAAACACUUCCCCCCACCCCUCCCAUCUUCCCAGGCUCAACUUCACUCCCAGCUUCAACCUUCCCCCCCUCAGCGGCACAGGGGGACGGGGAGUGGGGGUUACGGUCAGUUCAUCUCACGGUGUUUCUGCCGCUUCUUCAUCCUCAGGGGGAAGACUCCUCUCAUCGUUCCCCUGCUCCAGCAUGGAGUCCCUCUCACGGGGUGCAGACCUUCAGGAGCAAACUGCUCCAGUGUGGGGUCCCCCACGGGGUCACAAGUCCUGCCAGCAAACCUGCCCUGGCGUGGGCUCCCCUCUUCACGGGUCCACCGGUCCGGCCUGGAACUUGCUCCAGCAUGGGCUUCCCACGGGCCGCAGCCUCCUUCAGGUGCCUCCACCUGCUCCGGCGUGGGGUCCUCCACGGGCUGCAGGUGGAAUCGCUACACCCCCUCAUCCUUCCUCCAUGGGCUGCAGGGGGACAGCCUGCUUCACCAUGGCCUUCACCACGGGCUGCAGGGGGAUCUCUGCUCCGGCGCCUGGAGCUCCUCCUCCCCCUCCUUCUGCACUGACCUUGGUGUCUGCAGAGUUUCUUACAUCUUCUCACUCCUCUCUCCGGCUGCAAAAGCUCUCUCUAAGUGUUUUUCUCCUUCUUAAAUAUGUUAUCACAGAGGUGCUGAUUGGCUUGGCCUUGGCCAGCGGCGGGCCCGUCUUAGAGCCGGCUGGCAUUGGCUCUGUCAGACACAGGGGGAGCUUCUAGCAGCUUCUCACAGAAGCCACCCCUGUAGCCCCCCCGCCACCAAAACCCUGCCACGCAAACCCAACACACUUAUGUUUAGCUAAUUGCACUUCCUGUUCUAUGGAGACAUCCCAGAAAAACCUUUCCUCCCUUUGAAUUACUCUCCUUUCUGUUACAAUGAAUUUGAGUUUGAUAACACAGUAUCUUCACGACUUAGAACGCUUCCUUUCCGAGGUGUUUCAUCACAUCAUACCUACUUGUGUAGUUUAAAAGCUUUACUGCUGGAAAAAAGGCCAAUGUACUCAAGGGAGAUGUUUUGUCAUUACCAAAACAAAGCUUCCUAGCUGUGCAUUUCAGAAAAAGGCCUGUUCACUUAAAAAGGUUUGAAAGGUAUCCUAGAUCAAGAGUUACACAUCUACAGAAUUCUGAUGCGGAAGUCAGUUAAAAGAAGUCAGACUGUCCCACAAAGGACUUUAAAUUCCAACAUGCUGCAGCUCCUGACUCCAAAGGCCAGCUGUAAUGAAAUGCAAAGUGCUACUGUGGAAGAGGCACCAUCAGGGGGCCAGGCUGCCGGAAUUCAGCCCAGGGCGUGAUGGGGGGUGACGCAGCCAGUUGUGCCUCCUGACAGAAGGGUGACAGUUCCCACUGCAGCUGCUCAGCCCUUCUGGGGCAGAUCUUGCUCAGGUGGCACUUCAUCGCCUGGAAGCAAGGACACACCUUACCGGGUUGCCAGGCACGGUGAUGAGAAGGUGGCUCCUCUCUACUGGCAAACCCUCCUGCUCGCUGGCCCUGGCAGGUGCUGGUGCAUGAAACCACCUGUGCCGAAAACAAAAGGAGGGCUCCGGGGAGGACGAUGCCUUCGUGCCACUCACAGGACACAGUCCGGGCACUAGAACUAAAGAUAAGAAAAGUGUUUUUGCAUGGGUGGGGAGGCAUCUAUAACUUUUUUACUUUAAGACAUCUGUCUUGCAUUAAUGGUUGAAUGAGUUCAAAACUGUAAACUUCUUUUUGUUUGUAAUUCAACUUUCACAGCUGUUGUUGAAAUGCUAAUACUUAAACAAUCAUAUAAUGGCGAAUUAGUAAUCUUCAGUAUCAGUAUGCUACAUUUUUAAAAUAAAAAUGGUGUACAAACAA